AUGGACGGCGAAUUGAAAGCCCUCAUUGCCGAUCGCGGUUCGAUUAAAGCAGCGCUAACUCGCUUUAGGAGUUUUUUCAAUCAAUCGGGUCACUCGGUGUCGGUAGGCGCGUUAAAAAAGAGAUUAGAAGCAAACACAGGCCUAUACGAUAGGUUCGAUACCGUGCAGACAAGAAUAGAACGCAUUAUCGAAGGUACGGACGCGGUUAGUGCACAAGAAGCCGAAUGGGAGCAUUUUGAGGAUGUAUAUUUCCAAUUAAUUAGUGAAGUCGAGUCAUACGUUGAAGGUGCGCAGCCCCCGCAGCGAGGCACGGUAGCAGGUAGCUCGGCAAUGGUAACGGGAUUAUCGCCCGCAUUUAGCAAUACCCCGAUUAGGGCAAAUCUGCCAGUUAUUCAAUUACCAUCUUUCGACGUCAAUUAUAAUGAUUGGAUUAGGUUUCGUGAUACCUUCUUGUCAUUGAUACACAAUAACGAACAAUUGGAAGACGUUCAAAAAUUCCACUACCUGCAAUCCUCGCUAAAGGGACCUGCGGCUCGUAUAGUACAAUCCAUCGGCAUCUCCAAAAGCAAUUACCGUACAGCAUGGGACGCUGUCAAGGCCAGGUAUGAAAAUUCAGCCGCGCUUAAACGUCACCACGUGCACGCGUUAUUAGAUUUACCGGCGAUACAAAAACAGUCGCCUAUCGCGAUCAGGGAAAUGUUAGAUGAUGCAAGCAAUCGCCUCCACGCGUUGAAAGUGUGGCGGUCGCCUAUCGCGAUCAGGGAAAUGUUAGAUGAUGCAAACAAUCACCUCCACGCGUUGAAAGCAUUAGGAUUGGGCAUAGAGACUUGGGACCCCUUGAUUGUUCCCAUUUUGUCCAGAAAGCUGGACCCAGUCAGCGUUAGGGAAUGGGAGCGGCGAAAUGCUCCCUCCACCACGGAAUCCCCAACACUUCGUCAAUUUACGGCAUUCUUGGAGGAACGGGCGCACUAUUUAGAAAAUAUUACGUCACUUUCACCGGUAGGGGCAGUAAAGCCCGAGCUAGUAACAGUCCCAGGUAGUCGGAGAUUACCGCGUGUAGCCGCUCACGUGGCUAGCGCGUGCGAGGCAUGCCCGGUGUGUCAGGCUGCGCACGCGAUAGCACAAUGCAGCAAAUUCAAAGACGCGUCGCUAGAAGGACGUGUAAAAAUCGUACAGGAUAUUCGGGCAUGUUACAACUGCCUCCAGACAGGUCAUAGAGUGCAAAAUUGCACCCGCAACCAUUGUAGGCUCUGCGGGAAGAAACAUCACUCUUUACUGCAUCGAGAGAAUAGCUAUAAGACCAAGGAGGCAGUUGGAACGUGUGAUGGCGAGUCACAAAAUACGGUGGCUUGCAUCGCCAAGGACGCCAGCAGCACUCCGAACCAAGUGGUAUUGUCUACCGCAGUAGUAUUUAUAGAGGACCGCGAGGGAAGGAAAAGAGAAUGCCGUGCUCUACUAGAUUUGGGAUCACAGGCCAACCUCAUCACAACAGAGUGUUGCGAUAGGCUGGGGCUGGACCGUUCACGGGCAAAUGCGCGAAUAGCGGGAAUAGCCGCAAUCAACAGCAAAGUUGAAGGAAAGGUCGAUAUAGAAAUCCAUUCGCGAAUAAGAGGCUUCGGUGCUCGCGUCGCAUGUUUAAUAAUGAGUAAUAUCACGGAAGAGCUACCGAACCUUCCUAGACAAAGAUCCGCGAUAUCAAUACCUCCUAAUAUCAAAUUGGCCGACACUCAGUUUCACAAGCGCGGAAAGAUCGACCUUCUUAUCGGAGCAGAACUCUUCUGGCGGUUACUAUGCGUCGGGCAACAUUCAGUAAAUCGCCAUCUGAUAUGGCAGAAAACGCAGCUAGGUUGGGUGCUAGGCGGAAGGCUCGAUUCGGGUAUUCGAAACGAAAGCCAGGUAGGCAAGUGCCACGUAGUUACGAACGGGCAAUUACAUGAGCAGCUAGAAAGGUUCUGGCAGGUAGAAGAGGGCAUCACAAACGGUGACGCGAUCGACGAAUGUGAAUCGCACUUUGUCGCGAACGUCAAACGUAACCCCGAUGGUCGCUACACGGUCAGAAUACCAUUCAAUGAAUGCCAAUCAAGGCUUUAG